CAAGUUGAACAUGGCAUUCAGUCCACGGCCCCCCGUCGCCGUCGCCAGAUAGACAUGUCCUCCUUCACCUCACAACUCCACCAGAUCAGCGACGAUCCCUCCGCCAAUACCAAUAAUGCCACUUCGCAACAGCAACAGCACAACAACCCACAUGCCGUGCCCACCCCUAUCGACAUCGUCGGACUCGUGCGGCUGGUGCAGGACCAGUUCAGUACGUUAGCCCGCGACGCUCCAGACGCAGACAACCUCAGUCUCCUGCGAACCCUGUUCGACGCGCUCGAGUCGGACGUGCUCAACCCGCCCAAGGGCGUCGAGGGCGUCUCCCAGGAGUUCCUCGACAUCCUCGAGCGCGUGCCCAAAAAGUCGCUCCGGCCCGACGACGCCUGCCCCAUCUGCGCCGAGAAGUUCCUCGACGACCAGUACCCGCUCGUCGUCGAGCUGCAGUGCCACCACUCCCACAAGUUUGACCUGGACUGCGUUGGGCCCUGGCUGCAGAUCAAGGGGACGUGCCCCAUGUGCCGGACGGACCUGAAGAAAUACGAUCCCAGGCGCAAGGGCGUCUCGGACCGGAUCGAGAAGAUGUGGGAAAAGGAAGGGAAACCGGUGCAGGAGGAUGACGACGAUGAAGAC